AUGGAUUCCAUUAUUCCUUCUGUUGACAACACCCUCACGUAUGGCGCCUUGGAGCUCGAGGGCCGCCGAUGGGCCAGGUGGCUCAGGGACCCCGCUGACGAGACCUGCGAGGUCUCCCGUUCGACGUUGACCCUCCAAGACCUAAUGAACGAUGGAUGGGAUGGGAAAGUCAGAGGCCCGGAUGGCAUAUGGACAGCCCCGACAACGGUGCUCGACAUUCCGAGAGACGGGCUGCCUGAUGAAAUUUUCGAAAUGGCCAUGGCACUUGAUCUCCCUGGUGAGUCCAUCUAUAGGGACAUUAGCUUCAUGAAGGUAAGUACCUCCAAGAACAAUUACUCUUUUGUGAUCGGUCCUGGGGUCAUCUGUUCCUGUUACGCAUCACGCACUGAUGGUCCACACUGGUCAGAAAUCGCACUGGCACUCUACCGUCACUUCCACGCCGAGGAGUUGAAAUACGUCUUCCGGAUCCAUGUGAUUAAUCAAAAGACAUUCGAUGUGGUCAAGAACCUACAUUACAAAUUUGGCUAUGAGUGGCCGAGUCCACAAGUGCGGCACUGGGAGGGCGGCUCCCCCGAAUGCAACAGUCUUCUCGCAACACCUAAUGUGCGAGGUGUUGCAGCCCUGAUGCUAGGUGAGUAUCCUCGUGGGACAAGCUACAUUUCGCGUGUUACGACCUGGACUGAAAAUUCGGGUCUUGGGAGGCCGGUGGGGCUGCAUAUGUGUAUUCACAUUGCGAGGACGGUGUUGUCCCGGUGA